UGUCCUCAGUAGCAUCGUCGACGUGAUCGAGGUGCUCACGCUUACCACGCCUCGCGAGGCGCUGCCGUUUGUGACUUCUUGGCGGGCAGCACUGCCAGCGACAUUGGACGCGACCCGCUCGUGCCUCUACCCCGUCAUCGAGAUGCUCUACCGCCGGUUUCAAAGCAAGGACCUCGACCUUGUCGUGCACCUGGCGGGUCCGUGCUUGACAGCGUUGCUACAAGGCGGCGCGCUAACCCCGGUGCCCGUCUUGAACGAUUUUGUCUUGACGGCCAUUGACGUUGACGCGGACCACUGUGACGAGUGUGCCGCGUUUGAUGAUUUUCUGCUCGAUGGACACUGCAUUGAGUUUCGGUGCGCGAACGACGGCCCGUGCGAAGCACUCGACGAUCUCGUGAAGGCCUACCCCCAAGAGCUCCUGCUGGACCAAGUGGACGGGAGCGACGACUCGGCGAGCGACGUUGAAGACGCUGAAGACGAGCGGCCGACCAACUCUUUUAUUUGGAAGCGAGCGCAACCUGGUGGUGUGACCUAUGACGAUCUUAUCGCGUAUCUGAACCGCCGGGCACAACUGAAAGAAGAUACUGAGCGCGUCGCAGUGCUCGACGAGGUCCUCGCCCUCCAUGCGGCCGUCACGGACGACGACGAGCCUGCACCAAAGCGGCCACAUCAUGAAACGUAGUCGACGCCAAUGCUAUUUGUCUGCAUGCAUAAAUGUAGUACGAAAUUUCGUUUGAUUGAAUCGAGGGGUUUGCCAAA